AUGCAGUUCUUUAGCAUCCUGGUCACUCUGUUGGCCGCCCUGAUCGGCUUCUACAACUACUUCGAGUCGCGUCUCGAGCAAUUCUACAUCUUCGAUCCCAGCCAUCUACACGAUCUUUCGCAGCGCGCCAUUGCUGCCCACGGCGAGGAUACUCGCAGCAUCGUCAACUACAUUGUGGCCGAAUUGGAGCAGAAGGUUCCCUCGGUUCACAUCAACAAGGACGAGGAAUGGGUCUUCAACAACGCCGGUGGCGCCAUGGGUGCCAUGUAUAUUAUCCAUGCCAGUACCGCCAUCGGAACCGAGGGCCACACCGGCCGUCACACGGCCGACGACUACUUCAACAUCCUCCAGGGUACUCAGCUCGCCUACGUCCCUGGCUCCUUCGAACCCGAGGUUUAUCCCGCCGGAAGCGUCCACCACCUCCGUCGCGGCGAGGUCAAGCAGUACAAGAUGGACAAGUCCUGCUUUGCGCUGGAAUACGCCCGCGGCUGGAUCCCUCCCAUGCUGUUCUUCGGCUACGCUGAUACCUUCUCGAGUACCUUGGAUUUCCCGACCCUGUGGGCGACCUCGCGCAUCACCGGCCGCGAGAUGAUCUCCAACUUGUUCAAGGGGAAGAUGUAA